AUGACUUAUGGCAAUAUAGCCGCAACUUCACCUGCCACGGUGAGAGCUUCACCAACUAUAGUGAGGACACCAACGUCACCAAUGAGAGCUUCCACACUUAUGGCACCAAUGCUGGCAGCGACUCUGACUUUCCAAUCCUACAGAAAAAACUUUGUUGGCUCUGGGAAUGAGUUCACCGGCUAUGGGACAAACUCCAACGUUGCUACAUUAGGUUUCACGAACUACGGCAAGGGAGACGCAAGUCCCAAUAACACGUUCACAAACUACGACAUGGAGAUGAACGUUCCUGAAGUGAUGUUCAAGAGCUACACAGAUGGAACUCAUGGUGGCACUAAGAGUUUUGUUAACUACAGAGACCAAGCUAAUGUAGGCGAUGACUCAUUUCAAUCCUAUGCUAAGAACACCAAAGAAGGGACACAAGUGGAUUUCAAAAACUAUGGGAAUUCUUUUAACCCUGGUUCGAAUACUUUCAAAGGCUACGCUAAAGGAGAAGAAUGGGAUCACAAGGUUGGCUUCACAACCUACAACGCUAACACAAAUUCUACAUUUAAAGAUUAUGCCAAAUAG